CCGUGUUCGUUGCGGUUCCUUUAGCUGUUCCUAGGUGGCCAUUGUUGUUUUACAGCAGACGCAUACGGCCGAACGUCAUACCUCUGUCUUCAGUGCAAUGCCCGUGACGUAUCGGAGCGGGACUCUUUAUCGGUCUCAAUGACACGCAUUAAUAGAAUUAUUUGUCAUUUUUACUAAUGAAUUUAAAUGAAAAAAGUCUAAUAGAAUUGCAAUAAUAUGCGGAUCAGGAAAACUAGUCUACUUUUUGGUCUGAGUUGCUUGAUUGUUUUUGGGUGCAUUGUGUUAUUGUUGGGCAAAAACAAGAAUUUGGCCGGUGACGAUCAGAAUGAUGUUGACGAUUUGGAGAAGAAGGUGAAGAAACUGGAACAGGACUUGAAGAGAAAUUAUGAGAUUGUACAAAAGAUUGGUAAAUCUGUCUCUGAUCUCCUCAAAGAUUCACCCACCCAAGAUGAAGAUCCUCUUAAAGACAAAAUUAUCCAACCAGUUUUGAAAAAUUUGGUUGGCAGUUCAGCAGCGAAUGAUUGCUCGUUUGUUGAGAAACCCCCCCUGCAACCCAACGUGCAGAUGCUCGACGUGUACAGCAAGUUGAAAUUCGACAAUCCAGAUGGUGGUGUUUGGAAGCAGGGCUGGGACAUCCAGUACGAUGAAAGCCAAUUCUCUGCGCAGAACAAACUUAAAGUAUUUGUGGUUCCACAUUCUCACAAUGACCCAGGGUGGAUCAAGACAUUUCAGAAGUAUUAUGAAGAUCAGACCAGACACAUUUUGAAUAACAUGGUCCGGAAGGUGAGCGAAAAAGACAAUCGCAAAUUCAUCUGGGCAGAAAUUUCGUACUUGGAUUUUUGGUGGAAAGAAUCUGAUCAAGAAAGUAGGGAUAAAUUAAAACAGUUGGUGGACAACGGACAGAUCGAGAUCGUUACGGGUGGCUGGGUGAUGAACGACGAGGCCAAUACGCACUACUACGCCAUGAUCGAGCAACUGACGACCGGUCACGAGUGGCUCAAACAGAAACUGGGCUUCUCACCCACCAACGGAUGGGCAAUUGACCCUUUUGGUAUGUCCAGCAGUAUGGCCUAUCUGCUUAAAAGAAGCGGUCUCGAAAAUAUGGUCAUUCAACGUGUUCACUAUGCCAUCAAGAAAGCCAUGUCAGCCAAAAAGAACUUGGAAUUCCGCUGGCGGCAAAAUUGGGAUCGCGAUGGACAGACUGAUAUGCUCUGUCACAUGAUGCCGUUUUACAGCUACGACGUGCCACACACUUGCGGUCCUGACCCGAAAAUUUGUUGCCAAUUUGAUUUCCGUCGAUUGAGUUCAUCAGGACAGAGUCCGAUCCAUUGCCCGUGGAAAGUUCCUCCUCAGCCCAUCACCAAUGUGAACGUUGAAAAAAGAGCCUCGUUGUUGUUGGAUCAGUACCGCAAGAAAUCCACUUUGUACAAGACGAACGUCCUGCUGGUCCAGUUGGGUGACGAUUUCCGAUACGACACGGCGGCUGAAUUCGAUCAGCAGUUUAUUAACUAUCAAAAGCUGUUUGACUACAUGAACAGCCGCAGUGACUGGUUCGUGGAGGCCCAGUUUGGUACGUUGAAAGAUUAUUUCGACUCGCUCCGGGCCAACGUUGCCCAGUCUGUGGAGAGUUUUCCGUCGCUAUCCGGCGAUUUCUUCACUUAUGCCGACAUUGACGACCAUUACUGGAGUGGCUACUACACGUCCCGGCCCUUCUACAAGCAAUUGGACAGAGUGUUGGAAUCGUAUCUGCGAUCAGCCGAAAUUAUUUAUUCCAUGACGUGGUCGCACCUUCAUCGGCAGUCGACUGUGCCCGAACGAUUCCGUAGCUGGAUGAGCCGCAUGAUGGCGCUACUGUCGGAGGCUCGACGUCAUUUGAGCCUCUUCCAGCAUCACGACGGCAUCACUGGAACGGAGAAGGAUCACGUCGUUCAAGACUAUGCCAAAAUGAUGCAGACAGCCAUUCAAGGCAGCCAAACUAUUAUCCAACAAUGCGCUCACUUUCUACUCCAUCCGGCUCAGGCCGAUUUGGAGCCUCAGUUGAAUACUCGACACUUUUUAGUGGACGACGAAUACUCAAAACCCAAUGAAUUGCCACGCAAAAGUCUCAUCCGCUUACAAGAUGCCAAGAGGGUCGUUUUCUACAAUUCGCUGGCCUCUGAACGCGUCCAAGUCGUCACUCUUCGCAUCUCCGAAUACAACGUCGAGGUGAUGAACGAGAAGUCGGAACCGAUCAAAGUCCAAGUCAGCCCAGUAUUUAUCACGUCGCAUCAACUUUCACCAGAGGAAUUCGACAUCUCUUUCGUCAUCUCCGUUUCACCCUUGGGCAUGUCAACCUACACGAUCCGCAAAUUUGUUGGAACCACACAAGAAAACACGAAUUUGAACGUGGCGCGAGUUGUGGUGAGAGAUUUCCGAUCCAUCGACUCGGUUGCGCCUUUCACGGUUGAUGUCAAGGAUCGACUCGAUGCGUUCACGCUCGAAAACUCUAAUUUGAAGGCGUCGUUCGAUUCCAACGGACUGUUGAGCGCCAUCAGCCACGGCGGACGUGAAACUGCCUCGGUUUCCAUCCAAUUUGUUCAUUACGGGACACGUCGAGGCAACGAGCCGAAGAGCGGAGCAUAUCUUUUCCUUCCGGACGGCCCUGGCCGAGUAGUUGAAUCCAGUGCGGAAGAGAAUGGUGUGAGAAUCGUCGAGGGUUCGAUCCGUUCUCAAGUGGUCGUCACAUUGCCGCUGGUCGUUCAUCAAGUCACGUUGCAUCGAUCGCCCGGAAUCGAUGGAGUUCACCUGGAUAUCGACAAUCUAGUCAAUUUGUCUGGACAGACCAACUUGGAAGUGGCCAUGCGUCUUGUUACCAACCUCGACAGUGGCACCGCUUUCUACAGUGACCUCAACGGGCUUCAGAUGACACGACGCGAGAAAUGGGAGCAACUUCCAUUGCAAGCCCAGUUUUAUCCGAUGCCUGCCAUGGCGUACAUCGAAGACUCUGCGACCAGAAUAACUUUGGCAACCAAACAACCGCUGGGUGUGGCCAGCCUUUCAUCCGGCCAACUGGAGGUGAUGCUCGAUCGUCGGUUGAAUCAAGACGACAAUCGCGGCGUGGGUCAAGGCGUUUUGGAUAACGUCAUUCCGACUUUGAACUCCUUCCGGCUCUUGGUAGAACCGCGCAUCGCAUCGUGCAAGGGAAGCCAUGGAGGCCGUCGACCCGAUGGAUAUCCUUCGCUUACGGCUCAUCGCUCGCUACACGGAUUGCUGUACCCCGUGCACCAAUUAGUGGCCGACAACCAAGACGACUCUCCCGAAAAGUUGCACGACAACUUUAAACCGGCCCUUUCGCCCAGUGGAUCUGAUAUUCACGUGGUCAACCUGCGGACUGGAACGCAAUUGCCCGACGAUCAAGCCGUCGAGCCGUCGUCGUCGUCCGUCUCUCUCGUCUUGCACCGACUCGGCUUCGAUUGUUGUUUCCCGCCCUCUGGUCUCGUCGUCAGCAACAACUUGGCCGAUAACAACGAGGGCGAGUUUAGCCUGGACCGAUUUUUCCCCGAUUACUUUGGCAAUCGAGUUCGAUCCAUGUCACUCACUUCUCUCCAGCACCAAGGACCCGACAUUGAAAAAUCUUUUACCAUCGCCUUACGACCCAUGGAAAUUUACACAUUUGAACUGCAGCCCUAGACAAAAGAUAAAAACAUUCCUUAAAAAAAAACAAAAAAAAAAAAUGAUUAUUAUUAUUUCCUUCUUUAAAAUUUCUCGACCUUUUUUUUCUCUCCCAUUUCUCUUAAAAAAUAAUUGGCAGUGUGUGGUGAAUUGUUUCCUCCAUUUGUUUUUUUCUCCUUAAGACAUUUGUUUUUUGUUUGCCUGGCCACUUCUUCUUCUUCUUCUCCCAACUCGCAGCGAAAUGUUGACGACGGACAUGCAAGAGCAUGCGUCGUUGGGAGCAUGCACCGAGCACGAGUUUGUGAUUGUAUACUGCCGUUGUGAUAUAAUACAUCACGACAUGGUCGUCGCCGCCCACACAA